CAGCUUUUUUCACCAGAUGAGCAGUGCUUUUGAUGUCUUGGAUAUUUUGCAGUUAGAGGACGCUGGGCCAAAAAGAGGCAUCAUUGACAAGGAUAACCUAUUAUCCAAAGUAGAAAAAAAAAAGCCUAAAAACCAGCAUGCUCCGCCAAAAAGACCUGGUAACGUUCCUCGUGAGGUUUGGGGCCUCCACUCCACAUUGAGCAAUGAUCUCCCACCGCUCAUCCCCACUGACGACUCGGUCAAGUAUCGCCAACCCAAAGCAGUGAUUGGUGUCGGGCGUGUCCGACGCUGGCAGUGGACUCCCUUCACUAACCCUGCUCGUGAGGAUGGGUUGCUUCUUUACCACUGGCGUCGAGAAAAGCCAAGUUCGGAGCCAGAACAAGAGUAUCCGUUUGCCCGAUAUAAUAAGCAUGUGACCGUACCCGAGUACACAUCUUCCGAAUACGAAUCGCUGCUGCAAGAUCCCAAGUGGAGUGAGAGUAAAACUGCUCAUUUGAUGGAUUUGGCUCGACGUUUUGAUCUUCGCUUCAUCCACAUGCGAGACAGAUGGGAUAGCGAACGAUUCCCUGGUCGUCCCUCAGUUGAGGACCUCAAGGAACGAUACUAUUUCAUACUUGAGACGUUGGAUAAGGUUCGCGGCACCAACUUGUCAAAUGGUCUGCACUACGAUGCUGCACACGAACGACGUAGGAAACAACAACUGAGCUUGCUGUACGGUCGCACGCGAGAUCAGGUAGAAGAGGAGCAGCGCUUGGUGCAGGAAUUGCGACGAAUUGAAGCAAAGCGCCGUGAAAGAGAACGUAAAAAACAAGAUUUGCAAAAACUGAUUUCGCAGGCGGAUAGUUUACUUCGGGAUCACGAUGGAACUGAGAUGACUUCCACCGGUGCAGACACCACAUUGGAAAGUGGGGCUGUCCAACAAGCCUCGGGAGCUGGUUCCGUUACUAGCGGCACGUCACAGCGCAAGCGAACAUUCCCUCCUCAAUCUGGCUCGACCGGAUCGAUUUGCGCUUACAAUACGACAGAUGGCAGUGCUGUCGCACCUACGUCGAGCGCAGGAGGAGGGGGUAAAGGCGAUCUCGCGGCUGCUUUGGGCACCACAUCAAAUGUGCUUAACUCUGCCCUCACAUCAACCUCCGUCAUCAACUUUCCCGAUCCGAGUAAGAACCCUGGCGUUCAUUUGCGUAGCCAUAGGAUGAAACUACCCGGUAAUCUGGGUCAGAAGAAAAUCCGCAUUAUCGAGAACUUUUUAGCACAUUUGCAAAUCGAUCCAACACCACCGGCUACAGCUGAAAUUGUCGAAGCAUACAAUAGUCUGCGGUCGAAGAUUUUAUUACUCUACGAUCUGCGUAUGGCUCAGCUGCAUUGCGACUAUGAACUGCAGACUGCUCGGUUAAAAUUGGAGACUUUCGCACCAAGCCAACCCCUUCCGACUGGACUUGCGAAUGUCACUUCUUCCGCAUCCUCAAGCAACUCCACAGAACAAUCCACUGGUUCCAUGUCCUCUUCAGUUUUUUCUCAAAUUGACCCGAUGAUUUUGAAUGCUUUGCGAGACUCAGAUUCAAAACGACCAGUUGUAUCAAGGCAUUCUCUCGGAGUGGCUGGUGCCCUGGCUGCUGCAGCAGGUAGCUCUGGACUAUGUCCUUCACAAACGGCAGAGGGGACCAUAGAAACAAGGCAUGUCACAAGGGCGGAGAGCUUGAGAGGACUCUCACCAAGUGGGAGUCAUUCAUCAGAUUCCUUGGGCCGAUCACCUUCUGUUCAACCGGGUUCCGCUACCUUCUACACGACUACACCUCGGACAACGUCGGGGUCCAGUUCUGUUGAUGGUUCUCAUGAUGGCAGUGUGAAACGGCUUCGUCGAGCUGCCGCACUUGAACAGGUCCGCGUAUUGAAGAAGCUGAAGAUUAAAGGACAAUUGGUUGACUAAACAGCUUUUUCGCGUUUCACUUAUGUGGCUCAUUCGACUCUCCUGUACAUAACUAAAUGUAUCUCUUACAUGUUGAACUUUCUGCAUAACCCAAGCAACCUGCU